AUGGAUACGAAUGAAGAAAUACCAGGUUUAAUUACUGAAACCCCUGUGAUUGAGAAAGAGAUUGGUGAUAUUUUGGUAGAUAUUAAUGAUGAAAAUGUUGAGACUUUGGUGGAAGGAUCUUUCACUUGGCAAAUUGAAAAAUGGGAUAGUAUGACGAAUGAUAAAUAUAUUUCUCCAAGGGUUAAAAUUGGUGAUUUUGAAUGGAAUUUAUUAUUGUUUCCUCAAGGUAAUCAUAAUAAAAGUUUGGCGGUAUAUUUGGAACCUCAUCCAGAGGAGAAGAAAAAUGAUAUUAGUUCAGAAUUGGAGCCUGUAGAUCCCGAUUGGUAUUGUUGUGCUCAGUUCGCUGUGAUUCUUUCUAAACCUGAUAAUGAUCAAGAGGUGAACCUAUGUAACAGAUCUCAUCAUAGGUUCAAUGCAGCUGAUACUGAUUGGGGGUUUGCUAACUUUAUUGAUAUCUAUGCUCUUAAAAAUCAAGUUAGGGGACGUCCUUCAGGCUUUAUUAACGAAGGAAAAGUUAAUUUUACUGUAUAUGUUAGAAUUUUAAAGGAUUCGACUGGUGUAUUAUGGCACAAUUUUAUAAAUUAUGAUUCAAAAAAAGUUACAGGCUAUGUUGGUUUUAGAAAUCAGGGUGCUACAUGCUAUUUAAAUUCUUUACUACAAUCUUACUUUUUCACUAAAUAUUUCAGAAAAUUAGUUUAUGGUAUUCCAACUAAUGGUGAAAAUCCAAAUGAUAGUGUUCCUUUGGCUUUACAACGAGCAUUUUAUCAGCUACAAGUCUCAAAGUUUCCCUUGGAUACAUUAGAACUUACUAGAUCUUUUGGCUGGGAUACUGCGGAUGCAUUUACUCAACAUGACGUACAAGAAUUAAAUAGAAUUUUAAUGGAUAGAUUAGAAAAUAGAAUGAAGGGUACUAAUGUAGAGGGUAAAUUAAAUGAAAUAUUUGUGGGGAAAAUGAAAAGUUAUAUUAGAUGUAAAAAUGUCGAUUAUGAAUCUUCUAGGGUUGAAGAUUUCUGGGAUAUUCAAUUAAACGUUAAAAAUUUCAAAAGUCUACAAGAGUCAUUUGAAAAUUAUAUUGAAGUAGAAUUGAUGAAUGGAGAAAACCAAUAUGCAGCACCUGAUUUUGGUCUUCAAGAUGCAUAUAAGGGUGUCGUGUUUGAAUCUUUUCCAGCGGUGUUGCAUUUGCAACUAAAAAGAUUCGAAUAUGAUUUUAAUUAUGAUCAACUGAUUAAAGUCAACGAUAGGUAUGAGUUUCCUGAUAAGAUUGAUCUGGCUCCAUAUAUGGAUAAGGAACUCUUAAAAAAAACCCCAGGACCCAAAAAUUAUAAACUUCAUGGUGUUUUAGUCCAUACAGGCGAUAUUUCUACUGGUCACUACUAUGCAAUGAUUAAACCAACUUUAGAAGACCAAUGGUAUAGAUUUGAUGAUGAAAAAGUCUGGAAGGUUGACAAGAAACAAGUUUUCGAUGAGAAUUUUGGUUUGGAUAGGUUACCAGAUUCUAAGCUUCGUAGUAUGACAAGAGAAGAAUAUCAAAGCUAUUUAAUAACCCGUCAUACAAAUGCUUAUAUGUUAGUUUAUAUUUGUGAAGGUAUGGAAGAGACUACAUUACAAAAUGUUGAUGAACUGGAUGUACCUGAGCAUGUCGUUAAAAGUAUCAAAAAAGAAAAUGAAGAACGUGAAGUUAGAGAAAAGGAGUUGAAAGAGGCACAUCUAUAUGUUAACAUUAGGGCACACUCAAUUCAAAAUUUUAUACAUUAUCAAGGAUUUGAUAUCUCUCCAAAUGCAGAGUCUAAUCUGUACAAUGAAGAAUUGUGUCCAGAGGAGAGUAGGGCGGUUACCUUAAGGGUACCUAGAAACACAUAUCUCAAAGAUUUAUAUAAAAAUAUUAACGAAACACUAGGGAUUCCUCACGGUAAAAAUGUGAGGUUUUGGAAAAUGGAUUAUCGCAAAAAUGGCAGUUUGCGCUUAGAAACACCAGUGACUUCAAACCUUGACUCAAUGACAUUAGAAGAGGCUACGAAUUCUAAAAGAGAUCAAAUUAUACCACCUAUGGAUAUAUUUGUUGAGGAACCAUAUUUGGAUUUAAAUUUCAUUGCCAAGUUAAAAGAGAAGAAUCUAAUUGGUACUUGUGUUUUGGAUGAUGAACUAAUAAAUAAAUUGAGAACCUCGGUGUCUAAGUUAAUUCCUCAAGAGGAACUCCCUGUUAUUUUUGAUCCUAAGGAGUAUGACCUUCUAUUUAUUAAGGUAUUUAAUAGAUUUGAACAAACUUUGAUUGGUUUCGGAAAUGUUGCUGUCAAAAAGCAGGAUAAGGUUUCAAAAUUAUCGAAUGUUGUUUCUUCAGUUUUAAAUUUAUCUUCCCCAGUAAAUUUCUACGAGGAGCUAAAUCCUGGAGAGGUAUAUGUAAUCCCAAAUGAGAAACAAGUAUAUGCAGCAGAAUUAACAACCGGAGAUAUUUUGACCUUUGAAGUUCCAACCGAAAAUAAUCCAGAGAAAUUUCCAAGUUACGACACUAUACCAGAAUUCUAUCAUUACCUGAGGUAUAGGGUGAAGCUGGUUUUUACAAAAUCUAAAAAUUCUACAGAAGAAUAUGUUUUAGAGAACUCUAGUCCUGACAAGUUUGAAUUUUGGGUUUCGACAUAUAUAUCUUACAACAAUCUAGCCAACAUUGUGUCUAAAUAUACAAAUGUUAAUCCUGAUUACUUGACUUUAGUGGCAGUUUAUCCAAAUGCCAGAUAUUCAUUGAAAACAGGAUGUAUACUAAAAGACUAUUUGAUUAGAGAUUACAAUUGUGAGUUGAUUCCGCCAUUUGAAUAUGAAGUUCUAUCUCUUCCAUUGAAGGAAUUAGAGCACCUAAAGUCUAUUAAAUUAUAUUGGCUAAAAGAUAGCUACGUGCACUAUCAAAUAUAUGAAUUCAAAGUUCCAAGGACAUGUAUAGUAAGUGACUUUUUGGAAAAAAUCAAGAAUAAAAUUGGUUUUUCUGAAAAGGAGAAGGAGAAUAUUUUACUUUGGACAAACAGUAACUUCCAGUUUGAAAGUGUGCUAUUUGAAGAUAAUACAUUAGAUGAGGUUGGAAAAUCUCAAAUUCUUUUUGGUAGAGUUUUACCAGAAGAACUGAAAUUGAUAAAGGAGCUUGAUGAUUUAGAAAAUGUCAAUGAAAGUGAAAAUGAUAUCUCUAUGGUCCAAAACAACAAUUCAGGAGAAGUGUUAGAUAAAAAUACUGAAAUAUCGAGAGGACGUUUGGUGAUAAUAAUGCAAUAUUUCAAAGAUCUGGAUCAUAGACAUGGGAUUUCAUUCUUAUUUAACUUAAUCCCUGGGGAAAACCUUGCUGAAACCAAGGCUCGUUUGCAUGAAAGAUUCGGUUUAGGUCAAAAAGAAUUUUCAAAAAUUAAAUUGAAUCUGUUAUUACGUAGUAAAGGUAACAAAUCAUUGAUGUCACUACAAGAUUAUUCAUCGGAGGAAGAAACCAAACUUGUUCUUUAUGAUGUUAUGGGCCAUUUAGAUUGCAUUUAUAUGGACCAUCCUGAUAGAUUACGGUCGCAAACAACACAUGACAGACCUAUGAUGAUUAAGAAUUGA